ACUCACAAAUUCUACGUCGUCCUCAAAUCUCAGUUGUUCUCUGUUACAACUUCCGAUGACGAUCGGUUCGAGGAUACCUUCGAGUCCCUCAAAUCCAAUUCGGCUGCAGCACGUCGCAUUUUGGGUAGAAUCGCACAUGAACAAUGCGACUACUACAUGCUCAAAAAUCCCGUGCGACUUCCUGCUAGAAUUAGUAACACUGCCGACAUCAUCUCAGAGUGCAUGGAUCCGGAAACUUGGGAAAAGGUGUCCCAUUAUUUGGAUUCCUUGGAGAUUCUGGCACAACCUGUUACAAAGAAGCAUGUCUACAUCGUGAUCAUCCCCCAGGAGGGUGCAACAGAGAGAGCUAUCGCAGCUCUUAGAAGAGAUCAUAAUGAGAUAUUCAGCCGCUUGCAGAUCAGGGUGUUCAGGCUGCAAAGAUGGACGAUGGACGAUGUCACCCAUAACAUGGCAGGUGGCAAGUUGCACCUUCCCAACAACGAACGUCUAGCCGAACUCUCUGAAAUAGAGGCAUCAUUGGCACAGCGCCGUACCUACAAAGUCCCGAGAGCCCCAGAGAACAGGGAUUAUGAGAAUGCUUGCCAGGACACUGAACAUCUUCACGACAUCUUUGAGUCGACUCUGAACCAAUCGGGCACUGUGACCGACCGGGAAUUCAUGGCUUUUUUUGAUGUCCUUCGGUGCUUUGAUGAGGACUCGAAACACAUUAGCGCCGACUCAUCUUCCGCCCUUAAGACCAGCAACUUCAUCGUGUAUUUUAUAGUUCCGCCUUUCUUUUCUAACCGCAGCAAACCAUUCGAAUUAAAACAGGAGAUGCCCUGGAACUUUCCUAUAUUCAUCGAUACUCACAAUCGCCCCGAGUCUUGGUAUCAGUUCCACCCGAGGAGUGAUUUAAUCGUUUCAUCACCCUUGUCUUGUUUCCCGUUCCUCUUCUGCGAAAUUAUUUCACAGAAAGAAGAGGAAGAUCGAUACCGCAUGCUGCUUCAAGCUAUUACUGUUGCACGGGCAGGGCAAUUCCUUAUGGGGGACGGUGCACCGAAACCGUUCUUCGUUGUCGCGAUUUACCUCCGUGCAAAUUUGACGGCAGAAAGAUACGUGGUAUCCAUUGCCCAGAAAGAUUUUGACCUUACCAAUGCAGAUGGUGCGGUAUCAUUUCUUCGUGAGAUGUACAACCUCGUCGCGAUGCUUGAGGAAUUGGCCAAGCAUCUUGACGAACGCAAACAGGAUAGCCUUGUUAAAGUCGACCAGUAUGCUUCCAAGAUGAUCUCCCUCACAUCUAAUGUUAAGCAGGACAGGACGGGCGGCUCGACAUUGGCCUCAGUAGUUGAGGGUGAUGCUGACGAGGAGCCUCAAGAUGAUCUCGGCAUCUUUGGUACAGAUGCUAUCCAAGCUAUUCUAAAGAAGAUGGAUUACAAGAUCAACUUCAUCCCUUAUCCACUGAUAGCUGCCGUGUCGAACGCUACUAGUACUCACGAAUCGGAGAACAGAUACCUGAAGUUCGUGAAAGAAGGGGGGAAGGAAAUUGAAAUCCUGCAAUACCUCACAGGAAUCGAUUCCCCUGCAAAUCAUACCAUCUCGGGAGUACGAAUCUGGCCUGUGCGCGGCGGCAACGUGAUAUCGAUGCCGGCGGCUGGCGCCCGGCUUACGUCGCUAACAAAACCCAGUGCACACCUGUGGUCUGUGGCUAAACAGCUGUUCGAAGCGGUCGACUUCAUGCACCAACACGGCGUGGCGCACAUGGAGCUGAAGCCGAAUAACAUCUUGAUCUCCGUCAACGGCGGCCGUCUGACUGUCAUCGACUUCAACAGGUCCUUGCGAGUCAAGGGUAUCGAACAUAGGUUCCGUGGCGUCGUGGGGACUCCUGAAUAUAUCGCCCCCGAGGUAGCCGCCGGCAAUGGCCCCUGGAGUGCGAUCCGUGCGGACUUGUGGUCCUGUGGAAAAACAUUAGAGGAACUGUGCGACAAGUGUCGCCCGUCCACGGAUCGCGAUACCCUCCUCGAAAUUUCGUCGCAACUUAUGGAUGAAGACCCAAAAAAGCGACCGAUGAUGGCAGAGGCGUUGGACAGGCUGACCCGUUGUACCGUUGAUACUACCACCCGACCAGGUUCUUCAAUGUAAUGUGAAUCUGAAUUCUUGUUUUGCGGGCAUGCAUUUAUCUGUCGUGAGUAGUUUCUACUCUGUUGCUCCACAAGAAGUAAAGGCAUGAAUUCAAGUUGAAUGUCGCACGCAUUCCAUGUAAACCCAGUCAUGUUUCGAUGUUGUCAUACCAUAUUGUCGAGAGUG